CUAUCUCAAGGCAGAGUCAGUGCUCUGCUUAUCAGAUAUUACCAUCACCAUGUCCAGCCAAAGUGAGCCAGCCAGCACAGGAGGCAAUCUACUGCAAACACCUGAUCAGAGGCAUGGCUCAUCGAGGUUCAAACACCGUCAGUGUGCACUGGGCCAUACACGUAAACUGGGGAUGACGAGGAAAAAUAGAGACAAGAGGGAUUUCAAGGAAGAUGAAAACCCCGAGGAGAAGGCGAGAAGACAUAAGGAGCUGGAGCUAAAGCCUUUGUAUAAGGAGCUGCUGUACACCAUCGCUCACAAGCUGGGGACACCAGCAUUGGCCGAGGUCUUCACAGACAGCCAGCUCCAUCAUUACAUCAAGGAGGCUUUCAAUAUGACAGACUCGGAGCAUGAUGGCCUUAUGGAGAAAGUACAGAGCACAGAGCCCCCUGUGUACUGCCUUAUGGUCACCAUAAAGGAAGCAAAGGGAAUCCUGGGAAAGGACGUCAGUGGUUUUAGUGACCCAUACUGCCUGCUGACCAUUCUGGAAGACGAGAAGGAGAGCCGGACGCGGCGAUCCAGAGCCAAACCCUGUAAAUCAGUUGUGAAGGACGCUGUGUCAGACGACAAAAUCUACCAGACCGAAAUAAAAAAGAAGACCCUGAACCCUAUCUGGAACGAAACCUUCAUCAUAGAGUUUGAAGACACUGUUGGUGCCAGCUUCCACCUGGAGAUGUGGGAUAAGGAUGAAGAGGUUUCACUAACUCAGAAACUAGAGGAGUUCAAAACCAACUUCCAUAAUUUACGAAGGAUGAUCAAGGAUGCCAAAAAGGAGAAAGGCCAAGAUGACUUUUUGGGGAAGGUUGUCCUAAAACUACAGGAUCUCCACUGCACAGAGGAUAACUGGUGUGAUCUGGAGCCAAGAACAGAGACGUAUCCUGAUCGGGGCCAGUGCCACCUGAAUCUCAAGUUUAUCCACAAAGAGAGAGACGGGACGCUGAGCGCAGGCCGGAGCGCUUAUGUCAACUACUGUGGGAUGCUGCAGCAAUUUGUCCAGUCGCACAUCUCCAAGCAGCAGGGUGGCACUCCGUGGAAAGGUGAGCUGUGCGGCGAGGGUCAGGCGCUGCUGGAGUUCUACGCCACACAGAACGACCUCUCACCUUUCCUUCAGGACCUGGCGAAGUGGGUGGCCUACAGUAAGCUGUACCAGAGUUUAGAGGUGGACUCCUCAGUGCUGUUCCAGCAGCUCACCAGUAUCGAGUACCACUGGCAUCAGCAGCAGCUGCCCUACCAACAGAAACAGGAGCUUGGAGACUCCCUGCAUGGCUUCCUGCAGUACGGCCUGUGCCUGGUGUCCAAGUACAGAGACAUCUUCCCCCCGACUCACAGCGCUACCCCUAAACUGCACACAUUGCUCAGAAUCUUGGUCCAGAUCUGCAAGACUCGAGCUUUUCAGGAACUCAACCCGGCUCAGUUUGAGCUGCAGGAUGAGGUCAGCGAUGCUGUAGAGGCAGGCACACAGGAGUGGUUUACUAUCAAAAAGGGUUUGCAUCAACCAAUGACUAAGGACCUGCCAGAGAUUGUGAGCGCCCUCUCCAGGUUGAUCGGGGAGGUGCAGGAAGACAUAAAGCACAGCAAGGACGUGUGGAACCGAAUAUUUGUCAGUGCUGUGCAAUUGGAUGUGUUCACUGUAGUGUACCAUAAGCAUGACUCCUUGCUAGCUGAGGAGGUGAGAGAAACCUUAUCCCUGAUGGAGGGACAGAUGGAGCAGCCUCUCGCCAACAGCCUGUUCCCCCUUUACCUGAGUCUGCAGGCUAUCCACAAAGACAAGGCCUUCCUGCAGAAGAGGGGUUUACUGGAGCUGACAGACUUCCACGAGGAUUUCAGAGACGCUCUUCCUUACUGGCUGAACCAGGCCUUCAGCACCACGCAGGACAGAGUGGAGAGAGCUGUGCAGGUGGACCAGCUCCAGCCCCUGCAGUCUGGUGCAGUGCCCAUAAAGCACAGCUCCUCGGCUGUGGACCUGGUGGCUUGUGUGCAGCCCAUCUGCCAGCUGUGGGAGCAGCUGUCCUGGCCUGACCCCGAGGAGGCCUUCAUGCUCAUGGUCAAGCUCACCGAGGAUGUGUGUAAGAUUGUGGUGACCUACUGCCGCAUUCUAAAGGAGAGAGUCCGAGUGCUGUCUGAGGACUCGGACCACAGCUGCGCCAUCAACAUGCUGUGCGUGGUGGUGAACGACCUGGAGCACCUGCGCUCCGUCCUCACCCGCCUCCCCACCCAACUCAACUGGCCGGGGCUUCGCGAGCGGACCCGCCACGUGAUUGGAGAAAGCCAGUUCAACAACACUCUGCACCUCCAGCUCCAGCAGGCCCAGAGCGUCCUGAGCCGGGAGAUCCGCUCCGCUCUGGACACCCUCGGGAAACAGCUGAAUACAGACAUUGAGACUCAUGUAAGAAGCAUGUCGACCAGGCGCAGGGUUCCCUCCAAGUCCACAGAGGAUGCCGUGGUCCCUCUGAUGCGCUACCUGGAGCAAGAGCUGCAGUACAUGAACGAAAACCUGGUCCAAGAGAACUUCAACAGUCUGCUGACCCCUCUGUGGAUCAACUCAGUGAAGAGCCUCUACCAGGUGGCCACUCAGCAUCCACAGCAAGAAGGGCUCAUGGUGUUCUGCCAAAGAUUGUUGUACACACUCCAGUGCCUGGAGCAGUGUUUUCACGCUGAGGGCAACGGACUCCCUCUGGACGCUCUCCACUCUACUGAGUAUAAGACCCUGAAAGCCCACCUGACUUACAACGCUCUCAGUGGCCAGCAGCUCAUAGAGAAAUUCCUUGAUAGGAAAGUGUGGGAGCAGAAAGUGUACAGCGGUGAGAAGUAUGGCGCCGUCACCCUGCUCGCAUCCUACAGGAGGUCAGACCACAAACUACGGAUAGAGGUGUUGAAUGCAGCCAACCUCCUCCCGAUGGACUCUAAUGGUUUCAGUGAUCCAUUUGUGCAGUUGUGUCUGGAGCCUCGCCACACCUUCGCGGAGGUGGAGCCUCGCUGUACUCAGAUCAAGAGCUGUGACCUCAACCCCCUUUUUGAUGAGGCCUUUGAAUUCAUGGUAUCACUGGAGCAGUGCCAGGCUCAAGGGGCUUGCCUGGUGGUGACGGUUCUGGACCAUGACACCCUGAGGGCGGAUGACUUUGAGGGCGAGGCCUUCCUGGCUCUGAAGGGCAUACCUGGGGUUGGUGGUAGUGGAGGGGCGGGAGCUGAGGACGGACCACCACUGGACCCCUCCCCAGCUCAGAUACGCCUCCCUCUGAUGCACCCGAAACCAAACGAUGACGGCAUUUUGAAGUUACUGGAGUCCAGAAAAGGCGACAGGGAGGCGCAGGCCUUCGUGAAGAAGCGAAGACAGAGAGAGAAACAGUCUCAGGAAGGGAUUCAAACAUAAGAAAUAAACACAGACAACUCUCUCCAAAAAUAUACAAUUUCUU